UACAGUUUUCCGUACAGUUUGUGAUGUGUUGACAGUCGGACAGAAGUGUGUAGGUCACGAGAGACUUAUUGCUUGUGAUAAAUGUUUCUUAUAUUGCGUUUUGAUUUUUACGAUCCAGAGAAACUUCAAAGUUAGUCACUGUGAGAACAUAUUUUAGUCCAUUCAGUGAUGGAAGUGGAAGGGCAUUCAAAACUGUUCGAUGGCGAGCAGACUGAAAUAAUUAUCAGGCUUUUUAAAGACAGAAAUGUGAAACAUUUAUAUUUGCAUAUAUUAUUUGCAAUAAUUCGUCUUACUUGAUGUAACGGAAGGAAUGCUCAAUAAAUGCACUCAUUCGUUUUUAAAAUCCGGUUUUCAUUUCAUGGACAGGUUCUUCGUCUGUGAUUGUUUACAUGCUUUAUAGUUGUAACUGCAUUGACUCAAAAGACUGAGGAAAAAGUAUACAUUUUUUGGAGCACUAGCUUUAUUGAUUCAAUUAUGAAGAAGAUGAAAACAUGUUUCUUUUUGAGUACUGCAUAAUUUGUGAGCACUCAUAAUUUAAUGACUAAUUGAUUCACCAGCAGACUUUCAAAAUGGCUGACGAACAUACAACUGAAGUUACAAGAAUGGGGACAAGAAGACAAACAAUGCUGAAUGUGGAGAAAAAUAAGGAAGAACAAAAUGGACAACAAAAUAAUACAGAAAAUGAAUGUGAAGAACCAUUUGCCUGCUGUGGCUGUAACAGAACAUUUAGCACUCAGGCAGGUUGCAAGAGGCACAUGCGUUACUGCCCAGCUGCUGAUGGGUCAUUAUUUGUAGUUGACAAAAGGAACAUUGAUGACUCUAGUGCACAUGAGAACAAUCUAAGAGGCAGACAGAGUUCAGAGGAAAGGGAAGUUGAUAACCCACCAGAAUCACAAGAUGGUGGCAGCCUUCAACAACAGAUGAAUGGUAUGAUGCUGGAUAAAGUAAAUGGUCUUAUAGACGAGACCUCAGCUUUGGGUCCAGGGAAAUGUCAUUGCUGUGGUGAAGACCUUGACACUGCACACUCGGGGGGUGACUUUGAAUGUGUUGACUGUUCUAAAAGCUUCAAGUUGAAGUCUAGUCUGGAGAGGCACAGAAGAGUGAUUCAUAUGGAAGGAGAAACAUACGCAUGUGUAGAGUGUAAUGCAAGAUGUCCAGACAAAGGAACUCUUGCACGGCACAUGUAUACUCAUACUGGUCUGAAACCCUACUCAUGUACACGGUGUCAGAAAACAUUUAGUAGAAAAUAUCAUUUAGAGAGACACGUUUCACAAACAGGCUGUGAUGGGAAGUCAAGGACUAAUUUUCCAUGUCAGGUGUGUGGGCGAAUGUUCAGCCGCAAAGAUAAUUUGAGGCAGCAUCUACGUGCUCAUGCAGGUCAGGUGAUACGCAAGAAGACUUACACUUGUGAACAUUGUCAUCGAGAGUUCCAGGGUGCUACACUCUUGCAGGUUCAUUUGAGGACCCAUACAGGUGAGAGGCCAUAUGCAUGUGAUCUCUGCCCCAAGAGAUUUCCUUCAAGUGGUGCAAUGAAGAAACAUCGACGGAUGCACACAGGCGAGCGGCCUUAUGAAUGCAAGGAGUGCUAUGCCAAAUUUGCAGCACGGGAAACAUUAAAUCGUCACAUACGUACGCACACAGGUAUCAGGCCUCAUAUCUGUCAGUUUUGUGGCAAGAGUUUUAUACAGUCUUCUCAGCUUCGAGCUCACAUCUUCCAUCAUACAGGUGAAAAUGGCUUUACAUGUGUUCACUGCAGCAAGGCAUUCAAUCGCAGAUCUCGUCUUCUUAUGCAUGUGAAAUAUGUUCAUGAAGGUGCAAAACCUUUUGAAUGUGAACAAUGUCCAAAAACAUUUGUUCGAAAGGAAGAUUUGGCUCGUCACACGAUUCUUCACUCAGGUGUAAAAGCACACAAAUGUCCAAUUUGUCAGAAGAACUUCGCAAUGAAAUCUUCAUUGAAGAUACAUCUUCUGACGCAUACAAAGGAACCACCACGUUCUUGUGAUGAAUGUGGGAGAGCAUUCAUUCGACAAGAUUGUUUACUUCGUCAUAUGCGCACCAAGCAUAGAGACAUGCUGGAGGAGAUAUUGGCUGAAACAGAAAAGAAAAAACUGCAACAGCAGCUUCUGGCUGCAGCAGCAGCUCAAGGCACUGGUGGGACUGGUGUGGGUGUGAAUGGUAGUGAGAGUGAUGGGGGUUCUGGUGGCCCUGGUAGCACACCAUCACUCAGUGAAGCUGCUCUCGCUGACUCAGUCCGUGAGCUCCUGGCCCUACUGGUUGAUGAAGCCACUCUAAAGGCUUUUGGAUGGCCGGAAACUCAAGUGGACCAGUUGCUGGAAGCAGUAAUUCGUCGAUGUGGCCAUCAACCUGUUACCUCAGAGGAACUUUUGUACCCAGAUAGACUGCGUGAAAAUGCCAAACUGCUGUUCACUGUUGUCAUAGAUGACUCUGCUGUCAAGACUUUGCUCAACAAUCAGACUGUUGAUGAAGUCAUCUUGCAUGUACUUCGUCUCGCCAAGUCAUAAAAAGUGUGUGUGUGUGUGUGUGUGUGUGUGUGUGUGUGUGUGUUAGUUCCUCUGUCACAGACAUAUUUUCUAUUGAACCAGGAGACACUGAAUUCAUUUCAGUCUUUUGAGAGGUAUAUUUUGAUUGCAUUUGGUGCCUUUGACUGGCUGCUCUUCUUUUUCAUCCUUCUUCAAUAAAGACAUUACAUCCAGAGUUUGAAGUCAAAGAUAUUGUUAACACAGGUGUAGGGGUUCAUUGUAAGAACGUUGCUGUUUGCUUACUACUGGAUCAUAAAGGAUUUAGCUGUAAAGUUUGAGUAAAGCUUUCACAUCUAGUUCUAGUUCCCCCCCCCCCCCCCCCCCCCCCCCCAGACUUGCAUAACAGUUGAUAGUUGCAUUUACUAGUGGAUUUAUCCUCUCUUUCUUAUACUCAAAUCAUUCACAUUUACACCAUUCAGUUGAAAACUGCAUUCCACUGUAUAAGAUUAAUUAAUUAUAAUAGCCUUGUCUUCUGUUUCCUCCAUUAUGUAAAAUAAUUUGAUUAACUAAUUAGUUUCUGCAUGGCGCAAGGGAAUAUCUGUUUGGCAUGAUCAAAAAUUUCUGUCGAAUUCAGAUGUAAUCAAGAGAUGCUGCCAUUCUCAGGCCUGCACAGUUGCAGAGAACACGCAUAUUUGUAAUGAGACUGGUGUAGAUUAUCUUGAGGGACCAUGAAAUUCAUUAAGUUUCUUCCUUCUGAAUAAAAUAGUAAAUCCUAUUUUCAUGAAUUUCAAUUACAGUUUGAGAAUACUCAUUGCCUUGACUGAUACAGAGAGCCAAGUGACAACUAGGAGCACUAAUAGGGAAUAAAUUUUCUUGUAAAAGAAAAUCGUGACAAAAGAUAUGACCAUAUUUUUGUAUAUGAAAGAUGAAAUGUAAGAUAUGAACUAUUUUGUAAAUUACUCAACUGUCACUUUUACAAAUAUCAAGUAUUUUUAUGCUUAAGUGCACUGUGUAAAUCCAGUUUUCUCAAAUUAGUGGCACUUCCUUAUAACAUUGUUACAGGCACAUGUGAAACAGCAGUAGACAAAGAUUUGUAAUGGUUGUUUGAGAGAUUAGAAUAUAUUUUUAUAGCCUGUAUUUUUACUUUGAAGAACUUUCAUUAUUACAUUUAUUAUAUUCUCCUUGCAAGUUUUUCUUCCAUGAAUGAUGCAAUAAUCAUUUAAGGUUGGGAAGUAAAUGUAUAUUUUUAAAUGCAAAAAAUGCUACUUUUCUGUAUGUUAAGACAGUAAAAUAGAUUUUUAUGGAGAAGAGAUUGGACAGUGACAUCAAUAGUGUCAGAAUAGGAGAUGUUAACCCCAGCCUUACAAGAAUUACUUUUCAUUAUUGAGAGAUAUUUUGAGGGAAUGAAAGUGUGGAACAUAUUUUUUAGAGAAAUGUUUUAUAUUUGCAAUGUAUAUGCUUCCAUGUUAUAGUACUUACUAUGUAAUAAGUAUUUAGAGUGUGUUGUUAAUGAGCAGUCACCGUGAAAUCGAGCAGUUGGGUAUAUAUUUGUGGAGAGUAAGACUGCUGGCUUUUUUUAAAUAUCCAUUUGAUACAGGUGCUGCUUUACAAGUGAUUGCUGGAUACCCCAAAGCACGUUAACUUGGGAAAGUAACUUUCUCGCAAAUAUUAUAGUAAUAAAUUUUUCCUCAUGGGUAACACACUGUACUGUGUGAUACAUGACACAUGCAUAUAUUUGUAUGUUGAGUUGACUUGCUUUUUAGAUAUGCAAUUUGCACACUGAUGAAAACUGAAACAUUAAGCUGCUUAUUUGUCUCAUAUAAAUUGGAUCCAAAUACACACACACACACACACACACACACACACACACACAGAGAGAGAGAGAGAGAGAGAGAGAGAGAGAGAGAGAGAGAGAGAGAGAGAGAGAAUUGCAUAAGUAGUUAAAGAUUAACCAAAUGUUGGUUCAUUGUUCACUUUCCUUAUGUAUGAAUUGAACACAAUCAACUGGCUCAUUUUCAGUGAACUGGUGAAAGUAGUGAAUAACUUCCUACCUCCUCCUUAACCUAACCUAACCUUGUCUUUAAAAGUAAGAGAACUUCCUCUUGAAUACCUCGAGGUAUCUCUUCGUCUUCACAUGAUCUGUGUGAAAAUAGGCUGUACUGUUGCAGGUUGCAUUGCCUGCAAAGGACAAGAACUAGAACCAUUGUCAGAAAUUGUUAGAGGUUGAUGUGUGUAAUAUGUUGGUUCAGUAUCAUUAGUAAUAAUUUUGGGUAACUGACAAGGUUGGGAAAACUGGCAUGUUUAGAGAUUAUUUCAUGAGAAAGAAGUUUUAUUAAAAAUCAGUGUGUAACUGUUAAAAUUUUAUGUAUGUUUGGUAUAAUUCUGUUGUGUGUAGAGUUGUGUUUCUUUAGUUUUCACUAUUUGGUUCUCUCAGAGCUUCCCACAAAUGGAUAUGACUGUUAAACUGUUUUCUGUUCUUUUAAGAAUUGGGAGUGCAGCUUCCACUUGACAGUUGAAAAUUUGACCAACCUCUGUUUAAGCAAUAGUCUCAGCAUUGUGUUGUAGUCUGGAAUGUUGUUGCAUUUUCAUAACAGUUUCUGCUUUUUAUAGAUUUACUUUGUAUUAUGCCGGCUUUGGUUAAAUGCACUGUGUUGUACCAAUAAUGCUUCUCUUGUCUGUUGAUGUUUAUUACAGUUUGAACCCACAAUUACUUUUCUAACAAUUUAGCAAUGGUAUGAGUGGCACAAAAUGCUCUUUUUCAUAAAGUGUGUUCAGAUCACUUGUCUAGAUACUUGGUGCACUUGUGACUUCUGUACUUCAUCAGUCGUAUGUAUUGUCUUGGGCAUUUUAUCAAGAAGCUACACCGAAGUCAUGACAUGCAAUUUCCAUGCAAGACAAAACAUUGCUAGUGCUCUGAUUAAGCCCCCCCCCCCCCCCCCCUCCUCUGUAUAUCAUGAUGUACAUAUCAGGCAGUAUUUUUACUCUGUUCUCACAGUUACUUGAGUAACUUUUAUAAUCCUCAUAGUACAUCAUGGAAUCUAUCCUGCCUCUUCUACCAACUGAGAAAGAUAAGGACUGCAUAGUAAGUUGCAGAAAUUAAGGCAGUGGAUUAAUAGAAUUGAAAUUCAUGUAGCUGUUUUCUGCCUUCAUCGUUCUGCCUCCAAGGUAGUGCUCCAUUUCUAAAUGCCAAUAAUACCAGCGAACUAUUGAACUUAAACCAUCAGUGUUUUCUUCUGUGUUGUGGUAAAACUGUAUCAUAGAGUCAGUCAUGGUUGUUGGGACCCCUAAUGCUCAUGUGAAGUAAAGUUCACACUCCAUGGAUUACCGAUUUCUGAUGAGAAGAUUUAAUGACCAUUAUUCUUCAGAUUACUUUGAAUGAUUUCCACAGCUUUUAUAAUCACAAUGAUUUACAUGUGAUUACAUAUUUCAAUGGUCUGCAGUGGAAAUACUUUCAUUUGAUUAUUUUGAUAUUUCUUAAUUAUCUGUGGACCAUCACUUUCUGUUACAUCCCAUUUGAGUAAAGAGUGUGGCUGAUUUUAUGCUGUAUUGCUUAAUCGUCUUUGCAUUUCUCUUCCUCUUCUUGUACUCUUUUUUUUCUUUGGACAAACAAAAUUGUUCUGAAAGCAUUACAUCCAUCUUUUUAAGGAGCUUUCAUUCUUCGUUGUGGGAUACCAGUUUCAUAUACAUACAGGUAAUGGAUAAUAUUUUUGAUAUUAGUUGUUGAUUACUUCAUCCUUUUAUUGCCAGGUACAGUGUGCAUCCAUUCUUUAUGUUGCAAAUCAUUGAUUCCAUCUUGCACCAAACCAUUCCUUGUAACAGCACAAUAACUGACAGCUAAGAAUUCAUGUAAUUGAAAUUCCCCAUAGAAUACAUGGUAUUGCAUGAUGUAUGAGUUUCUUUUCCAUUCUUGACAGUUGCUUAGGUUGUAGAUGCUUAUGUAAAAUUUAGGUUCUGCUAGAUUUUAACAAAGUUACUAAUUUGGCAAGAGGAUACAAUAGGUAUUUUAAAGGAGAAAAAUGGGUGGGGUGAUAUACUAAACCACCAACUCAGAUUAAGUACAUAGAGAAUAAGCAUCUUCAAGAAAUGAAUUCUAAAAGGAAGAAAACUGUCAGUUGUAGGUAGGCCUGUGUUACUCUGCUAAGGAUCUUAAUCAAAUAUUCACACAUUCACCCUAGUACAACUCUCACUCAAGUGAAUACUGUCUCAGGGUGCUGGUGCCUGACUGUGACUGUGUCUGUCAGAGCAGCAGUCUCUGCCAGAAGCAGUCACAGUCAGGCUCCAUCAUUCUGAGACAGUGCCCAUGUGUGUACGAGUUGUGCUUGUGUGUGUGUUUUAUAUGACAGAAGAACUUAGAAAGCUGUAAUAUUUUAGCAGUUGUCUUCAUUGUGCCUGUCUACAAGUCAGUACCUCGUCUGUUGUGAUGAGUAGUAAUAAGUCCUUUCCAUAUUGCUGUUAUUCCAUCCUUGACUUGCUAUUAUUUGAUUAUGUCAAAACUUUGUGAAAACUUUGACAGUGUCUGGGGUAUAUUUGUCUUAUGUUUUAUGAAAGUUAUAAUGUGGGCUUAGAUUUUGUAAAGGAUUUAUCAAAGAACUUUUACAGUGUAAUAUUUGCCUUAAUGUAUAUAAUCAUACAUAAGAGGUUCGAGAGUAGAUGAUAAAGAAAUUAUUAAUGUUUUCAUUAUUUCAAUUGUAUGUGUUCCCCCCAACUUCUCUCUCUCUCUCUCUCUGUGUGUGUGCGUGCGUGCGUGUGUGUGUGUGUGUGUGUGUGUGUGUGUGUGUGUGUGUUUGUGUCCAUCAAAUUUGUAGGAAAAGUAUUUUAUGGAAUGAAGUAGAAGCAACUGAUGGAGAUGAAAUAUGUAUAUUAGAUCAGAAGUUACGCUCAUUACUUUUAUACUGUUCUAAAUCUUUUGUGAUAUAGAGAACACUGUGUUUUGUUCCAGUGCAUAGUGUGUUAUUUUUAGAGAAAUGUAUUUACUUUAGGUGUAAAAUAAGGGAUAAAAGUGCCUUCUCUUUCUCCGAAUAGUUUUUGUAUGUACUUCCUGGUGACACUUCUUUGUGGCUGAUUAUAUUCAUAUUUUGUAUAUUGUUGUUCUUUAUACAGAUUUUUUAUUUCAUUCAUAAUUCAAAAUUUUGUUGGGUGCCUAUGGUUGAGAGAGAGUACAUUAAAAUAUGGAUAUGAAAAACAAAGUGAGAUGCCCUAAGUUUUUGUCCUCUAUAUUUCUUUGGUAUACCUUCUGUGUACUAGCAGAAUUAUGUCAUGAAUGCUGUGUUCAGAAUUCUGUUGUAUUACUCUGGUUUCUUGUAGUCAUGUUAAGUGUGAUGCCUAAUUUCAUGUGUAAUUUAGUCAAGUACUACACAGUUUUGAAUGAUGUACACUCCAGUAUUUAUUCAUUGUAGAAAUGUUUAUUUGAAUACUUAAUUAAACUUGCUUUCUAUUUUAUUACAGAA